CAUGGGCAUGGGCAUGGGCGGGCGAGGCUGAAGCGUGAAGCAUUCCGGUUCCGCGCGUGGUGAAGUUGGAGCGCGGUUGCACAGGAGAAACAGCUUCUCGAGCAAAACUGUUUCGUCGGUGAAAUAGAGCAUAGCGUCCCAAAACGAGGAGAGAGAGAGGCGGGAGUGGAGUGCGGAGAGCAGAAAGCAAGAGCGCAGCUGCAGUGGGAGGAGGCAUCACGUGCCGUCCCCUUCCCUUCCCUUCCCUUCCAUCCUCACCCACAUUCCAUUCGGAUCGAUUCCAUCCCCAGCCCCAAACCCUAACCCUACCACCGCCACCAUGUCCGAGCGCAUCGACCUCAACAACACGUCCCAAACCCUGGCGCCACCCAAGCGCGGCCGCGGCCGCCCCCGCAAGAACCCCCCGCCUCCCGCUCACCCGCGCCCUCCGGAUCCCGACACCCCCAUGGUCAGCGGCUUCGCUCCGGGCGACAUGGUCUGGGGAAAGAAGCUCAACCACGCCGCCUGGCCGGGCCUCAUCUACUCCGCCGGAGGGAACAGCACCGGCCACGAGGCCCAGCUCCUCGUCUCCUACUUCGGCGACAAGGCCUUCGCCUGGUGCGACGCAGCCGAGCUCAGGCCCUACGAGCCCUACUUCCCCGUCGCCGAGCUCUACGACGACGGCGGCGAGGACUUUGACGCCGCCGUCGAGGCCUCUCUCGACGAGUUCUCCCGCCGCGUCGAGGCCGCCCUCGCCUCCGCCGCCCGCCCCUUCGCCUCCGCCGAUUUCCUCGCCUCGCUCCACGAUCUCGCCGCGGAUCGCAUGGGCUUCACCAACAGGGUGCAAGCCGCCGUCGCCAAGGCGCAUCUCAGAGCCUUCGACGCCUUCAGGGCUCUGCCGGACCCACCUCAGUACACCUUGGAGCUCGGUCUACUCCCACACGUCCCGCUCCCGCUGCCCGAUCCUAAAGCUGACACGGAUGCCGCCGCCGCCUUCACCACCCCCGCAUCCAGUUCCAGGAGGGGCAGGAAGAGGAAGGAGGAACUCGUCAAGGACGACGACUCCGAUGAGGACUGGGACCCCAGCAAGAGGGGUGCCACCGACUUGGAUUCCGAUGUGGACUUCGACCACAGGAGGGGGUCCAGGGGCAGGGGCAGGGGGAGGGGGGGCAGCAGCGGUGGCAGCGGCAGGCCUCGAGGAAGGCCCAGGAAAACAGAUGCCUGCAGGGACGCACCACAGCUCAAGGACGAAGAUGGCAUUCAAGAGUAUCCAUCGGCUGAUGAGAUGUUGCUGCAGCUUCUGUCCAUCGCCACUGAUCCUGUAAAUGGCAAUUAUGACUCUGCUCCUGUGAUCGUUAGCUUCUUCUCAAAGCACAAGGACUCCAAGGCGCCUAGUGUAUAUGAAGAUAAAGAGCUGCUUGAGAAUUUUGGUUGCAAGAAGGGUAGGAAAAAGCCCGUCAGAAGCUUGGGCCUAGCUCCAAAGCCAGAAGCCAGUGAUGAUAAGGAUCAGUUCAUGACUGUGGAUGGCCAGAGGGGCCGUAGGAAGUCUGCUGGGAGCUUGUACUCAGCUAGAAAGGCCGAAGAUUCAUAUUGGUGUGAUAUUAUCAUCAGCGAUUUCGACGACGGUGAUAGUGACUAUGAAGGUUGCAAGAGGAAGCGGCCCUCUCAGAACACUAACAGGAGCGCUAAUAAGAAGAUGAAGCAAGAGGAACCACCUCAAGGAGCCCCAUCAGAUAUGGAAAAUGGGGCUCCUGCAGAUCCUUCGUCGAAUGAAAAACCUGCAGAUGGCCCAGCCGCUCUUAUUCUACAUUUUAGCAGUCCAGAAGCUAUUCCUUCUGUUGAUGACAUCAAUAGCAUAUUCCGUAUUCAUGGACCGAUCGUGGAGCGUGAGACUGUGAUCACUAAGAAGUCAAAGAUUGCAAAAGUAGUUUUCUCUAAGAGCGCUGAUGCAGAGAGCGCAUAUCACAGUUCGGGGAAGCAUAACGCAUUUGGUCCAUCGCUUCUCACAUCUGAAAUUAAAUACUUGCCAUCGGAGCCUCAGGCUUCUUAAAUGGUGCAGUCUGAUGGACUGGAUACACUGCGAUUCACAGAGGAAAUGCACCAUGAAGCUUGGAGCAACGAAGCAUAAGCUGGUGUCACUGACUUUAGAGUUAGGAUGGCUCACUGACCAGGUCACAUCAAGUCACUGUGUUGAGUGAGCAAAUUUUAGGCUGUCUACUUGGUACCGGAGUUAAUUUAUGUUGAAUUAUUAGUUGGUAGAUUAGAUUAUGUAGCGUGAUGCGCUUCCUUUUAUGUUAGAAACUUAUCUUUUUUUUUUGUAUUGCCUAUUAAUUGCACAGCUGUGGUCUGUGGAUGUCUCUAUUAUGUUGGUUUUUUUCUCUUCUAUCAGCAGCAACUGCUUAUUUGAUUGUGGCGAGGCUAGUGAAGCAGUUUUUUCUCUCUCCA